CACCGAAAAAAUCACCAACACACGCACCCACCAACUCCCAAAGCAGAGGCAAACGAUAUCGAAAGAGGAAACCCAAUGAUUGAUCAAGGCCGAAAGCAAGAGAUAGAUUGUACCGUGCAAACCCAACUAGGAAGAGAACAACAGACGAAGGGAACACGAGGAAAGGCAGCAAUGGACAAAAAAUCUCGGAGACAUUCCUUUGUUACGCCGCCCCGGCGCAAAGGGCAGCGGGGUCUGGGCCGCUCGCUGGAUGGCCUGGGCGCCAUUUCGAAACAAGUUUCCAUGGCUAGCUUGGGCGGCUCGGUCCACAGCGCCGGAAGCACGAGCAACAACCCCAUUACCAAGGACCUGCAGCUCAACAUUCUAGUCCACGACAAACUAGACAAGAUAAAGAAAUACACGCCCUUCCAUCGCUGGAAGUCAAAAUUCCUGAACCGCUUCGAUACAUUCCUGACGGAGGGGGGGAAGAAGCCGGCCAGAGAGGCUUCGGGAAGGAUCCAGAACCAUCUGCAGAACUGUUUGAAUAGAGCAGAUGUUCUCAUAGAGCUAAUCGAAAGAGGGGAUCUCUCCCCAAUCACCGGAAGAAAGACGGUCCGUGCAUUUUCUGCUCUCAAAGAGUUCUGCCAAGACCUAGACGGUACCAGAGUGGAGCUCCAAGAACUGGUGCCAGGCAAUUCGAUGGACGAACGGCGCUUGGGGUACACCAAGUUCCACGUCGGAGCCUCACUCAUCGAGGAGUGCUUCCCACAGUACGUUGCAAUGAGAGAACUCGAGGACAAGGUCCAAUUGAUUUCGGACUCUACAAGGGACAUCGACCGCGACGAAGACGUACUCGACAAAACGCAGCGGGAACUCUUUCGCAACUAUAAGAAGCAGGUGACACGGUUUUGCGACGUCAUGGCCAGCCUAGAUUUUUAUGAGAUUAUGCUCAAGUGUGUGGAGUUUUUGAAUCCACCAGAACACGAGGAGAGUGGCGACGAGGAACUGACCAUUUUUCUCAGGCCCUUCGUUCGAAAUACCGGAACCAACGGUAGCAAGAACCGAGGCAGUGGAGCUUCUUUGUUCCGGUCGAAGAAAGGUUUCGAACCCACCCAGGCUAAGGUUAUCAAUCCCGUCAAGAUUGACGCCGAGGAAACCGAAACCAUCGCCUCGGUGACAAUCCUCGCCCUCGAUGAACUCGGCUUCAAUCUUAAAAAGCACGGUGACGUGGAGAUCUUGGAUCAGCUUCGGGUACGGUAUAACAACGACAACAACGUAGUGAAAAAUCCGAAGACUAGUACCUUGAAAGAUCUGAACAUCGAAAAUGGUGACGUUCUAACAAUUGAGCAGGCCCUCGUUCCUAUUCAGGUUCGACGGACGACAUCGGAGGGAGAGGCGGUGUUCGUGGAAUUAAUGAUUGACCCACACACGCCUUUGAAGGAACUGAAGGCCACGCUAGACAGCGAAAAGAACCGACACGAAGGCAUGGAACGCAUAUCAGCCGAUGAACAAAUUUUGUUGCUGGACGGUACCGAACUAACGGAGGACGAGAAAACAUGUUUUGACUGUGGCAUUGCGUCCGGAUCUAUCGUAGAUCUAAAGUCUCUGGCCAAGAUCCCAUCGGCAGAGGAAGCCAUGAAAGAACAAAUCGACAAGAUCCUGAUUGUGGAUACAAAAUACGGAACCAUGUUCGGUGUGGKGCGCCAAGAAGCUAUCCAAAAGGCAGUGGUGACACCAAAAACAGUCAGGGUGGACGACGAAUUUUUAGAAGCGACCGACAGUGACAUCGACAAGAAUCAGAUGCUGCAAUCGAUGAUGUCGUCUCCAAACCUCAACGUCAAACCCCAGAUUGUGAUUGCCAAGUUAAAGAUCGAAGAUUAUGAGAUCGAGGACGCAGCAGCAGUUCACAAUCUUUGGGGGGUCAAUCUCAAAAAGACCAGCCAAAGGCAACGCUCGACAGCAAUAUUCUUUGUGGACCUCAAAACCAAUGCCGUGGGAUUUCUGGACCGCAAGAAAUUGAUGGAUAUGAACUUCAUCACCGUGGUCAAGGUCAAUGAUCCAAGUGUUCUCGGGGACAACAAAAAGCACGAAGUGAACGAAACACUGGAGCAGGCUGAAGUAGACCAGCAAAAGUACGACUUUUUCGUCGCCAGAAUCAGGCGGAUAUUUGGUAUCGAAUCGCUUGGUCUGCAGUAUACUGAUUGAGUAGCAAAUAGGGACCGAGCGCUGGUGAUCAAAUGAUGAUGCGUUUUUAAAUUUAGUUGUUCAUUUACUCACUCGCCAAUCAUCAAUUCGUAACUGAUACGGCACGUUGUGUGAAUUAUCAUGGUGGUAUUGAAUAUUAUAACUUAUAACUUCUAUUGUUUGUGAAAAAAUUCUGCAUGAACCUUGGGAUGCUAGUUCCUGUAUAAUUUUCUUUACAAGUACAGCAAGUGACAUGUCUUGCUUUUGCAUACCUAAUGAAGUACCAUACUAACUUCGUUAUCAACCAUAAAGUUGGUUAGUUAUA